AUGCAGCCGGAUGACGGCUGGAAUCCUCACGAGUUGGCGCUUGUGGUGCUCGGCGAGGUGCACCAUGAGCCUCCGACCCUUGACCUGGCGACCUUGCGGAAGCAGGCCAAGCAUGACUUGUUUGAACGCGCGUCGAAGGUCGGCCGCGGGCUAGUGACGCAGUGGGACUGGAGGGCGGCGCUUCAGAAAGCAUUGCUCAGCAUAAAAUCAAAGGACAAGUUCUGGCUCCAGCAGCUCCUGUCGGAGCGGCGUGGCAGACACUGGCGCAUGAUCUCAGACCGGAUUCCUUGGCUGGCGGAUGAGGGCAGCCAACAAUCAAGCGACAACUUGUGUGUUGGCCACGACUCCUUUAAAGAGCAGUUUAACAUCUCGGGAGCAAGCCCAGGAGUGCUUGUCAAGGAUUCUAUGCUUCUACAUCCUUGUCAAGCGUCUGGGUGCAAGUGGGUGCUGCUAAACACCGACCAAAGGGCUGUUGCUGUGCGGCCUGCUGGAACUUGGAGGAGCAAAACAUCCUUUAUGAUUGGGUUCAUCGAUGCAAGCCAGAGCUUGAGCCAGCUUGAAGGCAAGCACCCUGCAGAUGUUGGAUAUUUCUUUUCCCCUUCUGGGGGGCUGGGGCGGUGGAAAGGCACGCACGGGGCACGGCGGGAGGGGGCGGCAUAG